GGUGCCGCUGUCUGACGAUGGUAGACUAGAGAGACGGAUGGUCGGAGCCGUCCCCGUACAACCUGAAUAUGCAAGUGUAACUUGAAACGAGCCGGUUUACUCUGCUGAAUCAGGUUGUACACUUACUUAGCUUUAGGUAGUCAUAUUUUUUAAAAUAAUGGAGGACGACUGUGUUUGUGAGUACGACUCGACCUGGGACACAGAGAGUGAUGGAGACGACCCGGCCGGAGAGAGCCAAACCCGUCGGUCAAGUCAAGACAAAAACAAGUCUGGCUGGACUUUAGUAACUUGGCAUCAUACGCCAAGAAACAUGAGAGCAGCAAAGGACAUGCAGAACUACAGAAGAGGAUAUCCAAAUCUCACAGACGAUGAGUGCUCAGAAGACAAAAUGAACAAUUUGCAGUUUUAUCUGAAUAAAUUUCCAUCUGCUCCGGAUGAUGUCUACAUCGAAUCAUUCCUUAAGGAAUGGAAGAAUGACUAUAAAAGAUUGGAGAGAGUUCAUUCCUACAUUCAGUGGCUGUUUCCACUGCGAGAGCCGGGGGUUAAUUACAUGGCUUCAGAACUCACCAAGAAGGAAAUUGAGGCAUUUAAGAAGAAUGAGGACGCUAAAAGAAGGCUGGUCGAGUCCUAUGAACUCAUGUUGGGCUUCUAUGGCAUCCGUUUGGUCAACAAAGAGACAGGAGAGGUGAAACGAGCAGACAACUGGAAGGAGCGAUUUGGAAAUCUAGAGCGGAAUAUGCACAACAACCUGCGCAUCACUCGCAUCCUGAAGAGCCUGGGUGAGCUGGGUUUUGAGCACUAUCAGGCCCCUCUCGUUCGCUUCUUUCUCGAAGAGACUCUGGUUAAAAAGACCCUUAGCAGUGUGAAACGCAGCGUCCUCGACUACUUUCUGUUCGCUGUGCUGGACAAGCGGAAACGUCAGGAGCUUGUGCGCUUUGCAUACCUUCACUUUGAGCCAAAGGAUAAGUUUGUGUGGUGCCCCAGGAAGAUUCAGAAACAAUUCAGAAAGGCAGAGAAGAGAUCUGAUGCAGUUGGGAACGGAGAUGGAAAAGAGGAAGUGUAUUCACGGAGUAAGAGCAAAGAUGGAGAAGUAGUUGUGCAACAAAAAGAGGAAGGACUGGAUAGUGUCACAAAGGCUCAGAAAGGAGCCGAUAAAACUGUGUGUAAAGAUAAAAUAGAGUCAGAGGCAUCCCCUGAGCCAAAACAAGACGCAGAGACUGUAGGUAAUGGAAAUGCAGAAGCAGAAUCUAAUAAUGAUAACUUGGGCAAUGGAAAUGACUCAACAGAUGAUGCUGAUGAGAUGGAUCAGUCACCCAGUCCGGAGUCUGUGACGUCAAAACCUGAGCCCUGUGCGGACAGUGAGGAGAAAUUUACCAACAACUCAAAGGACGGCAAGCAGGAACCAGACAACAUUAUGCAAACAGAUGGGGACAUAGACACUGAGAAACCACCGAAGAAGAAGCGAGAGGAUAAUAAGGUGCUGCCAAGCAACGGCUCCGCUGGGGACUUGGACGGCGGUGGGCAGAUGGAGGAAAAAGCCGGUGCUAAUAAAGCUAGUGGUCAAAUGAGCCCAUCAUCCCAAACUCCUCUUAAGACUUCAAAACACUCACCCUCACUUUCUUCAGGAAGGGAGGAAAAAAUCCCAAGGACUGAUUUUAAUCAAGUGCCAGAUAAAAAAGAAGAGGAAGAAACGUCACUGGAAAAUGUGUCGGCUACAAAUGGGUCAGAGACGAGCACCGAUAAAGGUGUGGAGGAACAGGCGAACGGGAAGGAGUCGGAGGAUGCUGAUAUGGAAUCAAACCCCUCAAGCUCAGACCAAAAUAUGGGGAAUUCAUGAAUAAACUGGAUGAUAGAAGAAAAACAUUAGUUUGAACAUAAAUGAAAUGUAAUAUAGGGUCAGAGUAUGAUUUUUCUGAGCCUUAUUUCUACUAUAUUUGAUGUUUAGAUAUUGAUUCUUUUCACUUCGAAGGAGAAUAUGAAUUCAUUAACUCUAUUGUGGGACUGGACGAGACUCAGUUUCUACACGGCCAUCAGAAAAUAUGAAAGGAAGAGGCUCGUGAUAUUCUGUAGUUUGUAUAACUGGUAUACAUAAUUUCAAAAUCUUUGGAAAACUUGAACUGCUGUGAUCUGUGAGGACAGGAUUCUGUGAUUGACAAAGUGGAACAUGUCAUUAGAUUCUUUUUUAUUUCAAGAUAUAUUUUUGAGCUUUUUUGCCUUUAAUCAGAGAGGAGGUCACUGGAUAGUCGGGAAUAGGGAUGAGAGAGUGGGGGUGAUUUGGUACAAAUUGAGAUUCUUUUAAAUCGAUCUGCAAAAAUACUAACGCUGCUGUUAAUAAUCAGACUGUUUGCAUCAAACUCAUGCUUGUCAUCUGAUAAAGUAUUUCAGGGUCAAACUUCAAUAAAUAAGCUAGCACCAGGCAAGGUCAGAGUGUCAAACAACUUGUAAAAUUCAGCAGAACUGCACAUACAGUACAUUUACAGCAUCAUAAUUAUAUGAAUAUUAUUAUUAUUAUUGUUUGUUUUUUAAAGAUUAUUUCUGGGGGCUUUUUUGGCUUUUUGAUAGGGCAGCUUGAAAGAGACAGGAAACAUGGGGGAGAGGUUGGGGGGAAUACAUGCACUAAACAGCGCAGACUGUGUGCACUGAGGACUAUUGCCUCUGUAUAUGGGUGCCUGUUCUACCCACUGAGCUCAACCAGCGCCCAAUUCUCUAAAUAUUAUUUUACAAGAAAUGUUUCAUAGGGUGGAAAUCAUAUUUUUACACAGCUUGUUGGAUAGUGGGUGGAGUAGUUGAAUAUGACACCUAAGCUGUAUCAUAUUUGGAAAUUAUGGACCAUCUUGUUUACAUUUGCGGACUUGUCACAUGUAAAAAGAAAAAGAAAAAAAAGUAUGAGUAACAUGCCUUAUAUGUCAUGUUUGAGUAGUUUCAGACUUAACCUGCAAGCUCCCUUGAAAAUCUUGACCUCCUUUGUCUGACGUGGAAAACUUCCUGCUGUGAUUGACAAGUGUGCAAAAGCAACUCAUGAUAAUUCUAAGUGCAGAGAUGAAAUGUUCAUGAAAUUUCCAGGUGUACAUAUGAAAUAACAGUUUAAUAUUAUAAUGAAAGGACAAACUAUGUAAUUCAAUGUAAUGUAAUUCUUAGUACUUCCGAUAGUACAGGAUAUCCAUUGUUACAUUUGAAUUGACAAAUUUAAAAAUGGCCUUGAUAAAACCACAAUUAGUUUGGCCUUAUGAAAAUCCAACAACAAACAUGCAAACAUCGUUUGCCAACAAACGACAGAUUUUCCUUGUAUUCAACAUGAGCAAAGACCAAACCAUGAACACAGAGUAUCAGCCUAACUCAAAAUAGGGUUGUAUAUUUCUGUAUGAAUUAUACUUUGUUUACCCCAAGAAUGAAACAGAUCAUACAACAUUAAUCUGACUAAUAACACAGCAGUUAUCUUUGAUAUUUAUCAAAUGUAAUUAAAGCAGGAGUACUAUUUUCAGUCAUGAAGUUGUGUAUUUAAAGCUGUACAACUCCAUACUUGGGAAGUGUUGAAACAAGUAACUAUAACAACAUCUAAUGAUUUGUUACAGGAGUGGGUAUUGGAAUUUUGCUGAUAUCUUAUAGGCCAUUAUUUACAGAUUCUGAGAUUGCCAAGAGGUCUAGACUAGUGGUUCUUAAAUAGUAUGGAGGAAAGUGUAGGUGUGUUGUGGAAAUAUAUAAAACCAUACAUUAUAACUGCAACUGUUAAACAACUUAAGUUGCUGUAAUAUGUUUUAAAGAGGCUAUUUUAUAUGGAUAUGGUGUGCCUUGAGAUUUUGACUCAAUCUUAGGUGUGCUUUGGGCAAAGAAAGGUUAAAAACCACUGGUCUGGCCCCAGGACCCAGCACUACUCAACCAGCCACUCAAAUCUAUUAAAUUAAAAAAAGAUGGAACAAAACGUGACUGAACACUGAGACAGGACAAAAAAUGGGGAGGACAUGCAUGUAUUUGUUUUAUUUUGAUAUUUUUAUCACUAGUAAGGUGUCAGUUUGGGUAGUUUCUUAAGAGAUAUCAAAAAAUAUGUUAUGGGAAAAGCAGCUUUUCCAUCCCCUGAUGACUAAAUAAGUUGAGAACUUGAAAAAAAGACUCAUAUUCAGUCAGGAACACUCAUACAUUUUACCAUUUUAUUGCAGAAUGAUGUACAGUUAUACUUGACAGAGAAGACUGCUCAAAUGAUGCUCCUAGGUUAGUCAAGCAGCAGGCUUUUACUUUCCAGGUAGUGUGUAGCUAGAAACCCCAAUAUGGAUGGAUACAUUAAUGACAAUGCGUACUACAUACAAAAAAAUAGUUCCGAAGCAAUUAAUCCACAGUAGCAUGAAUCUGAAUGAUGGUGAAACAAGCUUUAUGCUAUAAAGGAGGAGGCUGGGGUGGAGGAGGUUAAGCUUCGCCUGCAGCAGCGGCGUUAAUGUAAGCAGGAGAUGAGUGAGAAGUACGUCAUAUUUAGAUACACCACUGUGCUGAGAGAAAGCUGUGAUUGCUGUGGGAGUUGGGAGGGGAUAAUUGGGAUCAGCUGGCUGUCAGCUGAUCACAGCUGGGCAUAUGACUACCAUGUCCUGCAUGAACAAAUACGGAGCUUCCUUUAUACUCAUGGCAAAAUCAAGUAAGAUAAGAUUACGAAUCCAUAUUGAGGACCCGAAGAAGUCAGCUCAUUGACCCACUUUUUGGUCCUGGCCCACCAGUUGAGAACCACUGGUCUAGAGGUUAGGUUGCAUUGCUAAGAAGUUGUUCUUCCAAGCAGAUACCCCAGGGUUCAUUCUGUCUUCAGCCCCUUUCUCACGUCAUCCCCUGCUCUCUCUUCCUGAUGUCCUGCACUAUUCAUUGCCUUAUCUUUUCCAAAAAUAAGGGCAAAGAAAAAACAAAAAUCUUUAUUAAAAAAUGAAAUACCUGAUGCAUAGAUGAAUGAAUUCUUACUGGACUUUGAGUGCAGCCAGAACUUUGUUUUGGUCUUUUAAUGGACGUAAACAAAUAUGGAAUAUCAUCAGCCUCAUCCCCAAUGUUUCUUAUAAGUAAGACUGUCAAUAGCUGGUAUUUAAUACUGAAAGCACUAUUAUUAAUGUAUAUCAAUGAGAUGAAUUGGUUUCAGCAUUUUUAACACCUUAAUACUUUUAACAAUUGAGCAAAGUUUUUGCACUGAUAGAAGAUUAAUUGGAUAACUUGUCCUUCUGUUUUUUUAGCUGAUUUUAUGUGAGUUAAAGUUUGUGUUUCUGCCAGACCCUGUUGUUCUGAUGGAAUCAAGACUGAAUGUCACCUAAGUUAUAUGUCAAUAAUCUUGCACAGUCUGCGUGUUCAUGCAGAUUUGGGAAGUAGACUUUUGAACAUUUAGAGCCUUGCCAAAAAAUGUGAUCGGACUGGUUGAUUGUACAAAAUGUAUGUAUGUUGGCAGAAAUCAAUACGCUUUGGCUAUGAGUUAAAUCCACUGUAUGCUAAUUUGACAUGGGUGCAGUCAUGAAAUUUUACAAGCCAGGUCAACAAUAUUGAUGCAUCUUUUUACAUUUGCACUUAGUUUUCACUAUUUGUUGAAGUUUUGGUAUUUGCAGAAUGAAAUGGUAAUAACUUUACAAAAGUGCUGAAUUCUUUAUAAUGACUCUUUUCCCUACUACAUAUCUGGCUGUUAACAAAUCAGAAUAAAGUGAUACUAUUUUUGGAUGUUUUUAUGAUAUUGAUCUGUGUUUAGCCAAAGUCCGACUACAGUUAGUUUAUUACAUUGUAACUCUCAAACUAACACUGUGGUAGAUGUCAGCUUUUGCUCCUAUUCCUGAGACUCUUUUUUUGAUUUUUCCAGUGAAGCAUAAAGUCAGAAAUACCUUCUCCAGCCUCAGUGAAGACACGACUCGCAGUAAAAGAAGAAGAAAGAUGCUUGAGAUAUCGAUGCAACCCAAUCUGUUCAGACCUCAGGAUCAAUGUGCGUCUGAGGCUGUGAGUCAGGAGGGAAAAAUAUCUACUGUUCAAGUUUGAGUUUGCUGUUUGUUUUUGCCCGCCUCUAUCUAUAGAUCUACCCCUUCUCUGUUUGACACUAUAAAUAAAACAUCUAACACUC